CAGGCUUGCACCACCAUGACUGCCUUAAAUUUUAUUGAUGAAGGUCACCCCUUUGCAGUGCUGGGGAUCCAACCCAGGGCCUCCCAUACGGAAACCACCCCUACUCCUAAUCCCCCACCUGCAGAAGAGGAGAAAACAGAAUCUAAUCAGGAGGUUGCUAACCCAGAACACUAUAUUAAACAUCCUCUUCAGAACAGAUGGGCGCUCUGGUUUUUUAAAAAUGAUAAAAGUAAAACGUGGCAAGCAAACCUUCGACUGAUCUCUAAGUUUGAUACUGUUGAAGACUUUUGGGCUUUAUACAACCAUAUCCAGUUGUCUAGUAAUUUAAUGCCUGGCUGUGACUACUCACUUUUUAAGGAUGGUAUUGAGCCCAUGUGGGAAGAUGAAAAAAACAAACGGGGAGGACGAUGGCUAAUCACACUGAACAAACAGCAGAGGCGAAGUGACCUGGAUCGCUUUUGGCUAGAAACACUGCUGUGCCUUAUUGGAGAGUCAUUCGAUGACUACAGUGACGAUGUGUGUGGAGCUGUUGUUAACGUCAGAGCCAAGGGCGACAAGAUAGCGAUAUGGACUACCGAGUGUGAAAACAGAGAGGCUGUUCAGCACAUAGGGAGAGUAUACAAGGAAAGGUUAGGACUUCCUCCAAAGAUAGUGAUUGGUUAUCAGUCCCAUGCUGACACAGCUACUAAGAGCGGCUCCACCACUAAAAAUAGGUUUGUUGUUUAAGAAGACACCUUCUGAGUAUUCUCAUAGGAGACUGCGUCAAGCAAUCGAGAUUUGGGAGCUGAACCAAAGCCUCUUCAAAAGCAGAGUGGACUGCAUUUAAAUUUGAUUCCAUCUAAAUGUUGCUAAGAUAUAAGAGAAGUCUCAUUCGCCUUUGUCUUGUACUUCUGUGGUUUUUUUUUUUUUUGUUUCAUUUUGUUUUUUUGCUAGAGUAUCCACUAUCCCAAUCAAAGUAUUACAGUACACAUCAUCCCCAGAAACCAUAAAUGUGUUCCUGGUUUGCUCUGUAAUAGCUUAGUAGAAUUACCAUGACAAACACAUUUUUACCCAUUCACAGUACUCAAAAAAGAGCUUGUAUUUCUCGAACAGGAAAAAAAUUGUUAUGUUCCGUUGUAUGGAGGAGCAUAUUUUGCUGGUUUGAAAGAGUAUGAUGCAGACAGUUUUCUAGAAAUUUUCUUUGUUUCUUUUUACAGCAUUAUCUUUGCUGUACUCUUGCUGGUGGCUGCUAGAUUUUAAUUUAUUUGUUUCCCUACUGGAUAACAUUAGUGAUUCUGAUUUCAGGUUUUCAUUUGCUUUGCUUUUGUUUUUUUCUCAUGUAAUAUUGGUAAAGGAUCCAGGAAUAUGACACAAAGGUGGAAUAAACAUUAAUUUUGUGCAUUCUUUGGUAAUUUUUUUUAUAACUACAAAGCUUUGCUACAAAUUUAUGCAUUUCAUUCAAAUCAGUGAUCUAUGUUUGUGUGAUUUCCUAAACACAAUUGUGGAUUAUAAAAAAAUGUAACAUCAUAAUUACAUUCCUAACUAGAAGUAGUAUGUCUGUUUUUGUAUCUUUAUGCUGUAUUUUAAUACUUUGUAUUACUUAGGUUAUUUUGCUUUGGUUAAAAAUGGCUCAAGUAGAAAAGCGGUCCCAUUCAUAUUAAGACAGUGUACAAAACUGUAAAUAAAAUGUGUACAGUGAAUUGUCUUUUAGACAUCUAGAUUUGUCCUCUUAUUUUUCCAUCUCUGUAGAAGGAAUUUGUACUUUUUAUUGCAAGGCAGUCUCUUGUGUCUUCUCUUGUAGUGUCUUCCACAUGAACAGCAUAUAUUUGGAGCACUAGUUUAUUAUGUUUACUACAAUUUUUAAUAAAUUGAAUAGGUAGUAUAUGUAUGGAAUUAAACUGAUGGCUAUCUUUGUUUUUAAUAAAGUAAGGCAUAGCUCUUCAGUAUUAGGUAAAUAAAUGUACUUCCAGUGUGUUAAAAAUUUAUUUAAUUUUUGGGAUUUUGAGAAUUGGGAUUUUGGUGCAUCACCAUGUGACUGACAUAACGGAUUAUAAAACUUGGUUGCUGAGUUGAGAUGUUCUUAUGUAAGUGUCAGAAGGAUAGGACAGGGAAAAACAGGUCGGCAUAAGCAUUAAGACUUGAAUUAGUGUUGAACAGGAUGAAAUAAAAAAACUUAAGGCAUUUA